UGAGGCGUUCUAUUAUUCCCUUGUGGUAUUCCAACGUAGUUUCUUGUACAUAACCUAUAUUACCACUUUUGGUGUGUUUACUUUCUAUAGCAGCCAGGCGUGGCUGACACCGUCGUCAUUUGCAGUAAUACUUCCCCUGUUUAAAAGCUUCCCACUACCAUCGUCUACAUCAAAGCUUCGCUGUCCGACCGGUAAUAAGUAUGUGACACUGAAAGCAUCAAUGCCGAGGCAGAGAAAUAUGAUUGCGGCUGUUUUCCUGCUGUGUGCCGUCACGCUGCACUGCUCUGAUGAUGUGGCCGCGAAGAGCCAGGCCUGCAUACCCAGUCAUGAGACCGCAUGUUUUGUGCCAGCCGACUUUCUGAAUGCAUCUGGUCCAGUCAGUGUGGAGGUUUGUGUCGGAAAGAAGCUCGUCAUUUCCCUGGAGCAUGCAUCUGAAUACCCCGUUUGUCACUGGAUCAGAGGAACAGAUCCAGUACUGACAGUAAAUGGGAGUUCCACCGUGGUCCUACCACCGCUUUCAGAGACUGAUUCAGGGGUGUACACGCUGAGCUGUGAAACCAGCAAUAAGUCCAGGUCUUCAGUGACUGUGUCUCUCCAUGUAACAAGGAAACGUCCAACAAAACCAAAGCUGACAGUGAGCCGUGUAGCGGGUAAAUCAAAGUCUGCUGAUUUCACGUGCGUCUCUGAGAGCUGCCCAAAGCCCACUUUUGCAUGGAAUGGGAAAACUGUGAGGUCAAGUGAGAGUGGAAAGUCAGUAAUAUCCAGUCAUGAAUAUUCUUCCAGUGGAGUGAUGUGCUGUGCUACUAACGACGAAGGACAAGAAUGUUCACAGCUGUAUGACUAUGACCUAGAGACUGACUUUAUGAAAAAUGAUGAGAUUUCCAAUGUGACCGUGAGUCCCGGUCAGCCUUUACUGCUUCGCUGCAGAAGAAAAAGUUAUUUCCCACCAGAACCAUUGUGGGAGCAGGGCUACAAAAUAAUGGACAGCGUAUGCAGUGCUGAUGGCAAGAAGCAGAUCUGCAUUAUAAAGGACAAGAAUUUCGACAAACAGAUGACCUACCUGUUCAUUGAAUCAGUUAGUGUGAACCACAAUGGCAUUUACACCUGCAAGGAUCCACAAAAUAGACAUAGACAUAAGUCUGUCUACAUUCAUGUCCAAGCUGAGGGUUCCCUCUCCAUCAAGCCGGAUGAGACCAGGAUCAUAACAGCCCAGAAUGCAUCCAACACCUGUUUGCAAACCAGUGUUUCCUACCACCCUGUGCUCGAGCACUGUACCUGGGAAGCUCCUGAUAAAACUAUGAGUAAAUGCAUCAGGGACAAGUGGGUGACCAAACACAGGAAUGUGAAGCUGUGUGAUCGCCUCAUAUCAGGAGAUUAUAAAUUACAUCUGGAGGCCGGAGGACAAAAACGCACAAUGACGAUAUCAGUGUGUGUUGUGGGAAAACCAGAGUUCAAAUUCAGGGUUAAUGGGGAAAAUAAUACCUUCACCUUUGAGACUGUAAGCCUUGUGCCUGCAAACUAUACCUGGAUGUCUUGUUCCUCAUCCAAUGAGAGCACUUGUGAAACAGAUUCUUCCUGGGAAGAGAUCCCAGGUGCCUCCGGAACAGACUCUGAUGUCUCCUGUAACAAGACAAUCAAGAGCUACCUGAGCAGAGAUCUGGUGAACGGACACAAUUUAAAGUUUUGCCUGACAAACUCAGUCGGCUCCUGGUGCAAGAGUCAAUUCUCAAUAUACUAUCCACCAUCACUUCAGUCUUCCAUAGGUGCUCCAAAUAAGGAUAAUGGAAGCUUGAUGAUGCUGAAAAUAGGCUCUUUGCUUCUGCUUCUGGCUUUGGCAGUAGUUAGCGUGGCACUGGUGUACUUUGUCAAAAAGAAGAAACCCCAGUAUCAGCCCCAGCUUCAGAUGAUCCAGAUGGUUGGACCCAAUGACAAUGAUUAUAUCUACAUAAACUUCAAGGACUUUGAGUACGACCUGAAAUGGGAGUUCCCCAGGGAGAACCUUGAACUGGGUAAAGAACUGGGCUCUGGGGCUUUUGGCAUGGUGGUCCAGGCAACAGCUUACGGCAUCAACAAGCCUGGAGUCUCACAGCAGGUGGCCGUCAAGAUGCUCAAAGAGGAACACCAAACGGUGGAGAAGGAGGCUCUGAUGUCAGAGCUCAAGAUGCUGACUCACAUCGGUCAUCAUGCCAACAUCGUCAACCUGCUCGGGGCGUGCACAGAAGCAGGACCCACAUACCUGAUUUUUCAGUACUGCUGUUAUGGAGACCUGCUGAACUACAUGAAGAAAAACAGAGAGCACUACCACAAGUCUGUGACUGAUGCUUUCAACAGGGACCGCUUCAGCAGCCUUUACCUCAACCUGCAGCCCCGGAAAAGCUCUGGCGAGGUGGACAAAGCAGUGGACGAUUACAUGCCCAUGUAUGGCUCCACCACCAGAGGGCAGGAGAACAUCGCCCUCCUCUGCCUCAACUCUGCUGACAGCUUUGAAGACCCAGAAAUCUACGAAAACCUCAAUGAUCAGACAGAGGAUCUGCAGACCCUGACCUUUGACGACCUGCUCAACUUUGCCUUCCAAGUGGCCAAAGGCAUGGAGUUCCUCUCUUCCAAGAAUUGUAUCCACCGUGACCUGGCGGCUCGAAACGUGCUGGUGACAAAGGGCAGACUGGUGAAAAUUGGUGACUUCGGACUUGCCAGGGACAUCGAAAAUGACUCCAACUAUGUCGUGAGAGGAAAUGUAUGUCAGAUGAUGUUGAGGUUAUUUCAUGGCAUUCAUUGGAUGCUAAGUUCAGGAUAUUAUUUUGAUCGUCACUCACACAUUUUGGUGACGACUUCUGUCUGUCAGGUGCGUUUGCCGGUGAAGUGGAUGGCACCAGAGAGUACCUUUCAGGGGAUAUACACCAUGAAGAGCGACGUCUGGGCUUAUGGCAUUCUGCUCUGGGAGAUCUUCUCGCUCGGUGUUACUCCGUACCCGGGCAUGAAGGUGGAUCACAAGUUCUAUUCACUGAUCGAGAGAGGAUUUAAGAUGGAGUGUCCAUACUACGCCGACGAGUCUGUCUACGGGAUCAUGUGUAAGUGUUGGGCCCUGGAUCCCCAUAACCGGCCAUCUUUCUCCAAACUGGUGUCCUAUAUGUGUGAUCAGCUGACAGACAGAGAGGAGAAGCUCUACCACAACAUGCUCGACCAGACAUCCAGCGACUACCAGAACGCACUGACCGUUUUGGACAUCUCCACUUUGACACCUCAGAAUGAGAGCAAGACAGCUGACGACUACCGUCAAGCCCACGCAGCUGAAGAAAUCAAAGUGGAAAUGUCCGACUCGGAUGCUGUGGCAGCUGAGGAGAAGCCUCUGAAGCCAGCUGAUACAGAGUGAUCACCUGACACUGAAUGACCACAUGUUUCUCUUUAUUUUAAAACAGCUCAUUUAAAAUUAAUCUCAGUCUCCGGAGUUACGGUAGAUUGCACUUGCUUUAUAUUUUAUUAAAAUAGCAUAAGCCCUGAUAGACUCGUAGUUGGGACUGAAUAUGUAGCAUAUAUUUAACAUAUCUUUUCAUAAUCUGCAGAAGCAGCAAAACAUAGGAAGGAUUUAAUUAUACACAUGGGAUCUCAGCGACUGGACAUGACAGUGGGGUGUGAAUAAAGAUACAGUAUUUUCAUUUUCUAGGAGUUUUAACUGUGCAGCUAAAAAUAAAAAAAAAAUGGAUUUAAGAAAGGAUCGUAAAUAUUCUCAG